AUGGUAGAACAACUGGCAACGUAUCGAAAAUAUGAGUGUUUUAUAAAACGUAUAUUGUUAUGUGCCGGUUUAUGGCCUAUGGAAAAUACGAGGAAUUUAUGUUUCUAUCGAUAUUUACCAAUUUUCACUGUAUUAUCUGGAACCUUUAUGUUUUUUGGUUCAUUGAAAUUCUGUCUAGAAAAUCUUGAUAAUAUAAAAGUAUUAACGAAAGGGCUCAGUCCUUUAGGAAGUUUUGCUUUAGUAGCUGUAAAGGCACUGAUGUUCUUUUUAUAUCGAGAGCAAUUACACGAAUUGAAUAUGAAUCUCGAAUCGAUGUUCGAAGAAAUGCUUAAAAAAACACAUUGUCGACCUGUUAUAUUGUCAUUGCUAAAUCUUUUUAAACGUCCUGCAUAUUUUGUUUACUAUUUGACCAUGUUUGUAAUACUAAUGUAUUUAUUUAGAUCGUUUUUAUUGAUCGUCUAUCAAGUUAUCAAGAACGUCAGUCCCAAACAUUAUAUUCUUCCCUAUCCUGCCACUUUUCCAUGGAUCGAUGGAACUCCGAAUAUGGUUUUUCAAGUGCAAUUUCUUUUCGAAAUUAUAUUCGGUUGGUUCGUGAUUUCCGUGACCAGCGCCGUCGAUACGGUUUACGGAUUUUACAUAUUUCAAAUGAGUGGAGUUUUACGUGCCAUGUGUUUCGAAUGUGAGAAUCUUGGAAAAUCAUCUAAGGAGCUCGAUGUUAUUCUACGUAACUGCAUUAAAAGACAGAUCUUACUUUUACGUUGUCGUGAUAUCAUACAAAAUGUUUAUGGACCAAUCGUGCUGUGCUUAAUAGUGAGCAGUGUCAUCGUCCUAUGUGCGUUGAUAUUUCAAAUGUUUCAGACAGAAAUAAGUAUAGGUAAAACUGUUCUGUUUCUUAUUUAUGGGAUGAUGAAAAUGACCCAAGCAUUUUUGUAUUCUUGGUAUGGAAGUAUUCUUGGUGUUGAGAGUGAAGCAUUCCGACAAAGUAUUUAUUGCUGUGGAUGGUAUCAGGAUGGAAAUAUUAAACUGAUGAAAGGUGUUCUUCUUAUAUUGGUACAGAAACCAAUUAUAUUGACAGCAUGUCACCUCUUUUGUAUUUCAUUGGAUCUUUUCAUUAAGAGUUAUAUAAGAGUUAUUAAAGUUAUAUAUAAGUUAUAUAAGACCAUUUUAUAUAAUCAUUUAGAUUUACUUGAUAUGAGAGAUAUAAUGACUGGGAAAAUAUUACUGAUCCUCUCUUCAUUCUGUGUUCAAAAUCAUGCAUAA